GAGUUUUAACAUUGAUCUACUUCACUCUCGGUUGUUUAUUGCUUAACUGCUCUGUUUUCUGUCAUUAAUCACGGCGCUCAGAUAUUCAUCAUCAAUCAUCUCUUAUGAGCGUCGCGACCAGACAGAGCGCGCGCGCACGCGUUCACACGUUUAUCGGGGAUAAGGCGCCUGGUGACGUCACGUACAACGACUCCUGCCGCGAGCUGCGAGUCAGUCUGUCCACACAGAUGCAGCAGCACAUCACUAAAGAAACACAGAAGAUGAAGAUGAUGAUGAUGUUCAGUGAUGUAUGUGAGGAGGAGAUCUGAUGACAGUUUGAUUGACAUUCUGCAGUUUUCCAGACUCAUCGGUACAGAUCCUGAGUGAUAAGUCACAUGGCAUAUACAGCUCGUCUGAUUGGCUGAACAUCUGCGGUCACACAGUGAGGAUCUAUGAGGAGAUGAAGCAAACGGUUCAUGAACUCACUGACCAGAUUGAAAUAUCAUGAAUCUGAUGGUGAUGGGUGAACCCGGAAUAUUCCUGACCAACAGCUCUCCGGGAAUGCGGGCCUUUCCCGUUACGGCAUUUGUGCCGCAUAACGUCCGGAUGGAGACCGACGGUUGGCCGGCCAACGAUUCUCUCCUCGCGCAGGGAGCCAAUUUGACCGGCAGCCAUAACGCAACUCUCCCACCCACCGUGACUUACGACCCGCUGGGCGGCCGAACCAUCUGGCAAGUGGUGAUAAUCGUGUUCUUGUGUGGGUCGCUGUCUUUGGUCACCAUCAUCGGAAACAUACUCGUCCUGCUGUCGUUUAAAGUGAACAAACAGUUAAAGACGGUCAGUAACUACUAUCUGCUCAGUUUGGCGUUUGCUGACCUCAUUAUUGGGGUUCUGUCCAUGAACCUCUACACCACAUACAUCAUCAUGGACACGUGGGCUCUGGGGAACUGGGCCUGCGACCUGUGGUUGGCCGUCGAUUACGUGGCCAGUAACGCUUCUGUCAUGAACUUGUUGGUCAUCAGUUUCGACAGGUACUUUUCCGUCACGCGUCCGCUCACCUACAGAGCCAAACGGACCACGAAACGAGCGAUGAUGAUGAUUGGACUCGCCUGGUCCAUCUCCUUCGUUCUGUGGGCUCCCGCCAUUCUGUUUUGGCAGUACUUUGUCGGGAAACGAACGGUCCCGGCCGGUGAAUGUUACAUACAGUUCCUCUUCGAGCCGAUCCUCACCUUCUGCACUGCCAUCGCAGCUUUUUAUUUGCCUGUCACCAUCAUGACCGUCCUGUACUGGCGCAUCUAUAAAGAGACGGAGAACCGCUCCAAAGAGCUCGCCGGACUGAAGGGUUCAGGAAACCAAGGGAAUUACGGAGGUCACGAAGAAUCCAAAGCGACUGUGAUGCCUCAGACGGGCCGCGAGAUCAACCUGUCCAGACAGAGGAACUCUGGGAAGAUGAAACCAGGGCGCUUCCGGUUCUGGCCGCCGUGCCGCAGAGGAGGACGGAGACGCGACGGAGACGUGGACUGCAGUAGAAGCGACAGCUGGAAUAACAACGAGAUGACGAUUUCCAUCGAACAGUCAGAUGAAGAUGAUGAAGAGGAUGGAGAAGAACAAAAACCCAUCUUCUCCACUGUUCUGAGCGUGCCCGAGAUCGAAGGGAGCGGAGAAUCUGAGCAGCUUCACCACCAACGACCACCAGACGCCGAGGUGAGAUCAUUCAGAAAGGGAUUUUCUGACCAUUUCAUCCUGGACUCCGGGAGCUCAAAAGAUCAACCCGACACGUCCAUCAAAGACACCAAACACAAGACACGAGUCAACAAACGCAAGAAGAUCUCUCUGGUGAAGGAGAAGAAAGCGGCUCAGACGUUAAGCGCCAUUCUGCUGGCCUUCAUCAUCACGUGGACGCCGUAUAACAUCAUGGUCCUGGUGAACACGUUCUGUACCGACUGCAUCCCGCAGGCUCUGUGGGCUCUGGGUUAUUGGCUGUGUUAUGUCAACAGCACAGUAAAUCCCAUGUGUUACGCUCUGUGUAACAAAACUUUCCGCAGCACCUUUAAAUCCAUCCUGCUGUGUGAGUGGGAACAGAAGAACCACAACCAGAAGCCCCAGCGGAGAGAAGCAGCAGUGGCCUACAGAAAGAAAACUCAAGUCUAGACGCUUUUCAUCUUCUCACCUGACAGUAUUGACGUUGUACAUACAGUACAGUAUGCUUUCUUGAGUGCAGUCAUGGCCAGU